UUCAUAGCUUUUCAGAAAGCAAAUUUUAGAAUUUUUUUUUUACUUUUUAUUAAGUAGUCCCAAACGGGACCUUUAUGCUCGAGUAAAAUUCUCGCGACCCAAACAGAUACACAAAAAUACAUAUAAAGAAAUUUAUUGUAAUGAGACCAAAACACCUCCUUUCGAGCUUUGCUCCGAUUACAAUCACUAGCAGAGGCGACCCUAGAGUUGUGCACUAUUCUACGGAGUUUAAGAAUGCGCCUAAAAUCACAUUGUCCAGAAAAGAUUAUAGCGCUAACUCUGAAGUUGCACGGUCCAACUGGUUGAUUACGAAGCUAAGUCGAGAUGGCAAAAUAUAUGAGGCACGUAAGGUGUUUGAUGAAAUGCCUGAGACAGAUGUUAUAACUUGGACGACGGUAAUUACUGGGUAUGUCAAAUGUGGGAUGAUUGAGGAGGCUAGGAAGUUGUUUGAUAGGAUAGAUGCUAAGAAAGAUGUGAUCACUUGGACCACCAUGAUUAGUGGGUAUAAAAGGAUGGAAAAGAUUGAUGAAGCAGAGAGAUUGUUUCUUGAGAUGCCCGAGAAGAAUGUUAUAUCUUGUAACACUAUGAUUGAAGUGUAUUCACGAAAUGGUCAGGUGGAUUUAGCUUUAGAUUUGUUUGAGAGGAUGCAGGUAAAGAAUGUUGUUUCUUGGAAUACAAUCAUCACAGGUUUGGCGCAAAGAGGGAGGAUAGAGGAUGCUCGAAGGAUUUUUAAUUUGAUGCCUGAAAGAGAUGUUAUAUCAUGGACAACAAUGGUUACAAGUUUAUCUCGAAAUGGGAUGGUUGGUGAUGCUCGAGUACUUUUUGAUAGAAUGCCAAUUCGGAAUGUGGUGUCGUGGAACACAAUGAUUACAGGUUAUGCACAAAAUAUGAGGUUGAAUGAGGCUUUUGAAUUGUUUCAGAGGAUGCCGGAAAGGAACAUGACUUCAUGGAAUACAAUGAUCACUGGUUUUAUUAAGAAUGGUGAAUUAAAGAGGGCAUGGAACUUGUUCAAUGAAAUGCCCCAUAGGAAUUCUAUCUCUUGGACAGCAAUGAUCACUAGCCUUAUACAAGAUGGAAAAAAUGAAGAAGCGCUGAAGAUGUUUUCUAAAAUGGUGGCAGUAGAAGGGAUGAAACCUAAUGAAGCAACUUUUGUGAGUGUUUUGAGUGCCUGUAGUAACUUAGCCGGUCUUGGUGAGGGACAACAAAUACAUCAGAUGAUAAGUAAAACUGUCUAUCAGGAUUCUGAAAUAUUGGUAUCUGCGCUCAUAAACAUGUACUCAAAAUGUGGAAAGUUGAGUAGUGCAAGAAAGAUGUUUGAUGAUGGAUUGACAAGCCAUAGGGAUUUGGUAUCUUGGAAUGGCAUGAUUGCUGCCUAUGCUCAUCAUGGAUUUGGUUUAAAGGCAAUCAAAUUGUUCGAUGAAAUGCGAGGCUUUGGUUUUAAACCCAAUGAUGUCACCUAUGUGGGACUGCUCUCAGCAUGCAGUCAUGCUGGUUUGGUGGAGGAGGGCUUACUUUACUUUGAUGUGCUUGUUAGAGAUGGAUCAAUACAAGUCAGAGAAGAUCAUUAUACAUGCUAUGUUGAUCUCUGUGGAAGAGCAGGGAAGCUCAACCAAGCAUUUGAUUUCAUUGAGCGGCUGGGGACUAAGGCAUCAGCAACAAUUUGGGGAGCUCUUCUUGCCGGAUGUAAUGUUUACGGUGACAUGAAUAUUGGGAAGCUGGCUGCAGAGAAAAUCCUAGAAGGUGAGCCAGAUAGUGCUGGCACUUACUUGCUCUUAUCUAACAUCUAUGCUUCCUCUGGGAAAUGGAGAGAAGCUGCAAAAGUGAGGUUAAAAAUGAAGGAAAAAGGAUUGAAGAAGCAACCUGGUUGUAGUUGGAUAGAAGUUGGAAAUAGGGUACAUGUAUUUGUAGUUGGUGAUAAGUCUAAUAAUCAAUCUAAACUUAUUUAUUCUUUGCUUACUGAUCUUCAUGAAAAGAUGAAGAAGCUUGGGUAUGUAUCAAAUAAUGAUUUGAGUUUGGAUGAGGAUGUAUCAGUAACUUGAGUUUCCGAUUGGCAAAUAAGGUGUGAAUAUAUAACAAAUUCUUACCCUCUAACAUUCUACUAAGAAUGAUUCCUUACUUUUA